AUGGCCGAUGCAAUUCGUCGCUCUAAGUCUCGCUUAUCUCGUUUCAAUUCAAUCCUAGAACUCUCCAAUAACAAGGCAAGGAAAACAGAUGACAUAUACACGAGAAUUAUGCCGACUGAUUCAUCGUACCUCAUGGAGAUUUCCAUUGGAACACCACCAGUCAAGCAGUUUGUGGUCGCCGACACCGGCUCUGACAUCACAUGGACCCAGUGCCUCCCAUGUGUGAAUUGUUACGAGCAAAAGCAAAUCAUGUUUAAUUCCAAAAACUCGUCUUCUUAUAAGGUAUUAGCAUGUGGUUCGAAUCCAUGCAAGGCUUUGGGCAAAAUGCGUAUUUGUAAUGAACUUUCGGAAUUAAAAUGUAGAUAUAAUCUAUCCUAUGUUGACGGUACAAACAGUUUGGGAGAACUAGCCUGGGAGACUUAUAGAUUGGGUGGCACAUCCAUCCCGAAUAUGGUUUAUGGGUGUGGGAAUGACAAUAGCAUGAGUAUUAAUGAUAUGACCUCCGGUAUCUUUGGACUUGGAGGUGGGCCUCUCUCGUUCCUUGGUCAGCUUCCCAUAUAUUUGGGUAGAAAGUUCUCUUACUGCCUAGUAUCUCAUUCAAAACCAAAUGUAAGAAGCAAGCUCAACUUCGGGACUAACGCGAUCGUGUCUGGGCCCGGAGUGGUGUCCACCCCCUUGGUCACCAAGCCUUCCUCACCAUUAUAUUACCUCACAUUGGAAGCAAUCAGUGUAAACAAUAUGAGAAUUCCGUUCACAAGAAGAGUAACUAGAUCCAUGGAAGAUGGUGAUGUUGAUAUUAUUGAGAAGGGUAACAUCUUAAUUGACUCAGGCACGCCGAUAACUUAUUUGCCAAUGACUGUGUACCAAAAUUUGAAGGAUGCACUAAAAAGUGCGAUUCAGGCUGACUCAACUCCAGUUCCAAAAUAUCCUUGGAUGCUUUGCUAUAAAAACAACAAGGAAUUGAGUAUUCCUACUAUCACCUUCCAUUUUGAUGGUGGUGCUAACUUAACUUUUCCUAGUACGAGCACGUUCAUGCCAAUAGAGGAUGUUUUGUUUCUAGGGAUGAUACCCAAUACUAAUAAGGAUGAGGCCAUAUAUGGAAACUUUUUGCAAAUGAACUUCUUAAUUGGCUUUGAUAUUGAUAAAGGGAAAGUAUUUUUCAAACCAACUGAUUGUUCUAGGAGAACUGAUAGUUCAGAGGAGUGGAGCAUGGCCUCAUAA